AUGGCCCUUGGUGAUGAGGAGCAAUCCGAUUGCAAUAGAUUCGGGCCAGUGAAAGCCAAGGAUUGCUCCAGAAAUAAGUGUGCCACCAACUUUUCCUGCGACCACUAUGAAGAUGGGUAUAAACAACUUUAUCCAGGUGGUAGGGUUUCCAGGCUCGAAUUUGGUAAUAUCAGCGACAUAGCCCACCCACAAGAAGAAUAUGGGAAAGAAUAUGGUGGUCAAGAGGUAGUUGAUUUUGCCGAUAAUCCAUUUCGAAACUCUUCCCUCUCGGGGAAGACAUAUCCCUGUCAUAAACGCACUCAGAACCGGACUAUAGUCGCAAUUGACAAUACCAGGUGUGACCCUUUCAAGGGUCUGCCUUCAGGGUUCUCAUUGUUCACCCAUGCCAUGAAAAUCGGCGACACUGACGCCGUGAACAGCGUCUGCAGCACCACCGCAACGCUCAUUUCGAUGCUGUUCUUCACCGUCCUCUGCCGCGUAGGGCCAAUGCAGUAUGUAUCAGCUGGCAUGAAAAGGUAG